CGAAUGAGCGGGCGGUGCCAAUGGGGUGCGAUAACUGUAUCGUGUUCCACUCUUGAAGGCGAAGCUUAAGCGUCCCCAAGUUUUUUUUUUUUGCGCUAGUCUAUUCGGUAUGUCUAAUCAUUUUUAUCAUUUUCGGAAAUACAGGUUGACAGUAUUUAAUGCCCACUCACUUUGUGCGUGUUCUGUUCCAUUUUUCUUUUGUUUAGGAGUACUGUGUCACCGACGAGGGGGCAUGGUCCCUACAAGCAUGUUACAGCACGCGUCCAAUCAUGAUGUGGUCGUACUGCUCGUUGCUCUCAGCCUAUCACAAUUGAGCGGCGUCUGGGCCCGAGCACAGUCCGAGAAAGUCGAAGGAGGCGACACCGCUGUCACCCUAGCGGACAUCCAGCGAUUGGGAGAGGCCAAUCUGGACGAUGCCACACGAAGCUACAUCGCCAGUGGAGCGGACCAGGAACAAACUCUCAGGGAGAACACCGCGGCGUUCAUGAGGCUUCGUUUCAGACCCAAGGUCCUUGUGGACGUGUCGAAGAUCAACACUGCUACUACCGUGUUAGGCCGCAGGAUAUCGUUCCCUGUCGGCUUCUCCCCAUCAGCUGCUCACCAGAUUGCAGAUCCGGUCGGAGAGUUGGGCACUGCAAGAGUCCGGCUGCCCUCGCUAUUGAUGGCGAUCUUUGGCAGCGCAGGCUCUUUGAAAGGCUCAGAUGACAGAUGA